ACCGUCUGCCAUCAUGCUAAACAGUAGCAAUCGCGGGAUUUCCUGCUUGUUUGAUGGGUUAAUACCAGGCAGUGAUCUAUAUCCAUCAGGGCCCUUCACCGGCUGUUUUCGUUCUUUUUCUGGGAGAGACACUGUUGGCAAAAUAGAGAAAGCCUCCAUCAGUACAAACAAGCUUGAACAAUCCACUCCUAUCACUCUUGCUUGUGUCCAAAAUCUGUUUGCUUGGGCUCGAAUUGGAGGGGAAAGGCUUCACUGAUCCCCAGUCACCCUGUGCAGCGAACGAAGCACAGUUCCUAGUUAACUUGCCUCUUCAACACCGCAAAAAUACCACGAGUGCUGUCAAACAUGAUUUCCACCAUUGCUGAUAUGGCCUGGACUCUUUCAGGCAGAGGAUCCAAAAGACGCUUCUUUGGCUCCCGGGUCCGCAGGCGCAAAACGAAAAGGGACAAAACUCGUCGCUCAUCGGGUUCAGAAACGUCUUCGCCUCUGAUCCGAGAUACCGGUAUUCCUAAGGACGUAAGCAGAGUGCUCCAUCCCGAUGCAAAACGUCCAGGCAGCGGCGAAGACUCGGGAGAAGGUUGUUGUGAGGCUGAGUUGGACUGGUCCGAGGUGCCAUCCGACGCGCCACGGAGAGCGGGAAUUUUGAUCGUGACCACGUCACCUGAGGGAAAGGUGAAGGUGGCAGACUGCGAUAAGGAAGCCAAACAAUCGUCAACGAGGGACUAGGGGUGAAUAUGUGAGGACAGAAGUCAACUGUGAACGUUGGACA